CUGCAAGUUUUUGUGUACCCUGAUACAUCUUUAAUAUCUCGCAUGCUUGUAAAAUUUAAGGUGAAUAGGUUGUCCGUGAUGUGGAAGGCCCAUAUUUCACUUUUUUUUUUUUUUUUCCCUUUCCCAAAUAUGUAGUCAUAAUUGCUUUGGUUCAUUCAAGUUUAUUCUGUUCUGUGCUAUUACUUUAAGUAUGUAUACGGAUGUUGUAAUAAUACCAAACUGAUUGGAUAACCCAUUGUUCUGAGAGGAUCACUGUAUGGGCUUAAAAUGUGCUUUUGAUGGUGUUCUGGAUGAUGAGUCAUUUAACUGGAAAUAUGUGCCUUCAGCAAGGAGAGACUCUUACUGUUGGAACUGGAGAAUCUUGGAGCUGGUUAUUGGGGCAGUCACUGGUCUAGGACUGCUAUUGAAACAUUCUUGCUCUGCUUCUAGCUGUGUUUCUCUAGAUGCUUUAAGAAUGCAACUAGAUUAAUGACGUAUUUUUGUAGUGUUUACUAAGUAGUACAAAACUUUGAAAGCUGAGAAUCCAUCUAUAACAUCUUCAGAAUCGUAAAACAUAGGCAUAAAUUCAUGUGAUUUGUUGGGAUACUGAAAUCAAAAGCAUCUUAGGUUUUCAAGUGUAGAACAAAAAUAUUUAUUUCUUGGUAAUGUUUUAAUUAGGCUUUGAGAUUCAAAGUUAGAAUAACACGUCAUGUGUUCUUUUUACAAGCUGUGCUACGUAUUGUUAGCAGAAUCCAAACUUUAUCGUGGUUUCUAGAGGUGUAUAGUAAACUAGAAAAUAACUGAUUAUGACAGACAAAAUAAUUUUUCUGUCUUGAGAAAGCUAUGGGGUGGAAAUUUUCUUCUUUUCUUCCCUGAUUAUUGCAUCUGCCUGUAUAUUAAGCGGUUGUUACAGCCAUCUUAUUUAUUUAUUUAGAUCUUUAACGUUUUUGAAAAAUCUGUUUUUAUAUUAUUUUUUUCCUAUUUCAGAUUCACUUGAAAGAGAAUGAGAUAAACAUGGAGUCUUCUAAACUGGAAUAUAUUUUGUGGGCCACAGUUAAAAGUAAAAAGAUGGAUGGAAGUCAGAGAAGAGGAGUAUAAUGCCUUUCAAGUCAGAAAACAGGAGUAUAACGCCUGUCAAGAAUUUUCCAUUUCUGUGAUAUAUAUAACCUUGUGAUAUAAUACAACUCAUGAUUUAUAGUAUACUUUUUUGAUAUCCCUGGAAGAAGAAGUCAAUUACUGUGCAACUUGCUUAAUAAGAACUUUUAUUCAAAUAACUUUCAUGUAUUUUAACCUUAAUGAAUUUUAACCUUAACUGGACACCAUAUGUUUUUUUCUUUUUUUUUUUCGAAAGUUUCAUUUGAAAACUUUUAUGUGGUUAUAUUUUAACUGACAGACUGAUCCUGAUAGAUUGCUGACAGCUGCUCCUGGAAUAAGGACUUAAACCCCUGAAUGGUUACUGUUACACAGGGCUGAAUGGAAUGUCAUGACUUUACAGCGAUUCUCUUAGGACCUUCUUCUUUGUCUUGCACCCAUCAUAACCUUAAAUAUUUAAGUGUAAAUAGUGCAAUUAUAAACUCUGGAAAAUAAUGGCAUGGGUGAAAUUUUUAAGGAAACCUGGGGGUAACCUUGGAAAAGUUUAUCAGCCUGGAAGUAUAUUGUCCCUGGCCCCGACAAAAGGUUUAUUAAAUGAACCAGGACAAAACAGCUGCUUUCUAAAUAGUGCUGUUCAGGUUUUAUGGCAACUUGACAUAUUUCGACGAAGUUUGAGAGGUUUAACUGGACACGUGUGCCAGGGAGAUGCAUGCAUAUUUUGUGCUUUAAAGGCAAUAUUUUCACAAUUUCAACACAGUCGAGAAAAAGCACUCCCGUCGGAUAAUAUGAGACAUGCCCUGGCGGAAAGUUUUAAAGAUGAACAACGUUUCCAGCUUGGAUUCAUGGAUGAUGCAGCAGAAUGCUUUGAAAAUAUCCUUGAGAGGAUUCAUUUUCACCUAGUGCCAAACAGUGACACAGAUAUGUGCACUUCAAAAUCCUGUAUUUCUCAUCAGAAGUUUGCUAUGACACUGUAUGAACAGUGUGUAUGCCGCAGUUGUGGAGCAUCAUCAGACCCAUUGCCUUUUACAGAAUUUGUGCGUUACAUUUCUACCACGGCCCUGUGUAAUGAAGUAGAAAGAAUGAUGGAGAGGCAUGAGCGUCUCAAGCCAGAAAUGUUUGCAGAAUUGCUGCAGGCAGCAAAUACUGCUGAUGACUACAGAAAGUGUCCUAGUAACUGUGGUCAAAAAAUAAAAAUUCGUCGUGUUCUUAUGAAUUGCCCUGAAAUUGUGACAAUUGGUUUAGUCUGGGAUUCAGAACACUCUGACCUGACAGAAGAGGUUAUGCGGAAUCUGGCAACACAACUUUAUCUUCCUGGGCUCUUCUAUAGGGUUACAGAUGAAAAUGCCAAAAAUAGUGAACUUUUUCUUGUGGGAAUGAUUUGCUACACAAGCCGACAUUACUGUGCCUUUGCCUUUCACACCAAGAGUUGCAAAUGGGUGCUGUUUGAUGAUGCUAAUGUAAAAGAGAUCGGAACAAAAUGGAAAGAUGUGGUCUCCAGGUGCAUUCGAUGUCACUUUCAGCCAUUGUUGCUAUUUUAUGCUAACCCAGAUGGCACAGCUGUAUCUCCAGAAGAUGCUCCAAAGCAGAUUAUUCACUGGUCUCCAAACAAAGCAGUAGGAGGAAAUGGGGAAGACUUAGGGUUUGAGAAACAUUCUGCUCCUAAGUCAGACCACUUGAAAGAGAAUGGAAUUGGAGACUCCGCUAGUCAAAGGAGUAAUAAAAAACUUCAGCCAGAUAAUUCAGCCUUCAGCAGAAGCCACAUUCAGGCUAGUGGCGGUAGAGGUCCAGCUAAGUUAGUUUAUAAUGAUCAAAAGGACAGGCUAAAGGACAUAUCCAGAGAGUGUGCUCAGAAAGCUGCUGAUAUGAAAAACUUCUCAUCUUUACGAAAAGAUGCUGACAGAGGACCAAGAAAAGAGUCUGGGAGACAAAGAGAUUUAACUGGGGAAGAUCGUUCCAAUUUUAAGUCAGGAUCUCCUCCAGUUGGGAAUGGACUUAGACAAUGCACUGAUCAGCGCAUAUACAGCAGCCAGGGAAGAGGACCAUAUAAGCAUGACAGUGUACCUCACCAAGCAAAGCUUUCUGUACCGGUGCUUGGAACAAAUAAAAUGGAAGCUUUUACAGCUGGGGAGAAACCGAUGGUUAGGACCCGGACUGAUGGUGUCACUGGCUAUGAUACAGACUGCAGUCAAGACUCUAGAGACAAAGGAAGUAUCAUCAGCAGCAGAAGCAGAGGUAAAGGCUGGAAACCCAUGCGAGAGACGCUAAAUGUAGACAGCAUUUUCAGUGAGACUGAGAAGAAACAGCAUAGCCCAAAGCACAAGGCAACUCCGAACAGUAAAUCUAAACAUGAGAAAGAACGGAGCUUUAACCAUUGGCCGAAAGAGAACCAAAUCCAGAAAUGUUUAAUGACUAUAUAUGAAGAUGAAACAAAACAGGAUACAGGAAGUAGAAGCUCUUUGGAUUCAGAGGGGAAAGGCAAUGCUGAAAAAAUCAAAGGCUUUGCGGAGAGAAAAAUCCAUGGUGAUAACUGGCAGAUCCAGAGAACAGAAUCUGGUUAUGAAAGCAGUGAUCAUAUCAGCAAUGGAUCUGCAAAUCCAGACUCUCCUGUUACUGAAGGAAUCAAUCCAGCUGAGGUCAAGAAUGUUAAAGAUGGCGCUUCCUGCAGUGAGCAGAACUUGUCAACCAAAAAAGCUGAAAAUGUGUUACAUUCCGUAUCCCAGCAGAACAGAAAUUUUUAUGACUUGAGGAAGGACCCCAUCAAUUCAGAAGUUAACUACAAACCUCACGUUAAUUUCCCAACAGAAUUACAUUUGCAGGUGCCCAGUCCUCCAGUAAAGAGAGCUGAAAUGCCUGAGAGUAAUAAGAAGCUUUUCCCAUCAUCAACUCUACAGCCAGUUCUUAAAGAGGUGGUGAAGUCAGAAAGUAGGAACAAGGCAAACGAACCGAAUUCUUCAGAGUGGCUUAACCCAGACAGGUUUGAGAAGAUGAAUGUAUCAGUAUAUUGUGCUGAUGGCAUACCCCACCCUUAUACAGAAAACGUCUGUGGAAGGAAGCCAGUCAACAAUGAUUUUCAUUCCUCGUCCCAUCCGCAGCCUCUUCAUGCAAGAAUGUUUGUUCCCAAGAUGGGGUUUUUGGCUUCUGUGCCGCAGAACCCACUGGAAAGGCCCGUUGUGCUGCCCCCUCCCUGUGAGCAUGCCGGGCACCCAGUCCACAGGGUGGAUGCUCUUUGGGUGCCAGAAGCAGUUUACCAAAAUCUUCCUCCCCCUUUACCUCCAAAGAAAUAUGCUCUGAAUGUUUUGCCAGGAUCAGAAAGUAAUUCAGCAGCUGAUGUAAAACUGACAGAAGCGUUGCAAAAUAACCCGUUAAGGCAAGUAGGUACACCUUUAAAGUCUGCAUCAGAAGCAAAUGUAUUUACAAACGAACAAAGGCUCAAAGAGCCAUUUCAAGGGAAUGAGUUGUUUGUUCAUAAACCGGAUUCUCCACCUAGCUUAUCAGUUAAUGACUUUUGGACAGUGUCUGAGAACUUCUUAAAGAAAGGAUCUCGUCAUAUGGGACCAAGUGCUGGCUAUGUGGAUGGCAAUGACAGCGUAUCCCUAACAACGUAUUUUUCAGUAGACAGUUGUAUGACUGACACAUACAGGAUGAAAUAUCAUCAGAGACCCAAGCUGUAUUUUACCGAUAGUGGAAGCUUUCACAAAGAAAAGCAUCCAUCACCAGCUGGAGUAGAACUGAAUGCUCCCUACCAUGCUACUCAUGAGCCCAGGCAUCCUACAUCCGAGCAAAGGUACAAGGCAAAUGUAGAAGGCAUACAUUGCAGUAGAUAGAGCUAAAAAAAAUAAAAAUAAAAAUCUGGAUCUGACUGUUGCAUUUCACAUAGUCUGUAAAUGGGCACAAGCCUUGAAUCUCUGUGUGUAAGUUGGUACCCAGUUGGCUGUACUUUGCCUAGGAGUUAUGACUCUGUAAAUGAAUAUGCAAAUAGGAGGUGAGCAGAGGAGAAGAGGUGCUAAACUUCCGGUUCUUUGAUUUAUUACUGUAGUUGCCUUAAUGCUUACCUCUGUUACUUGUCUCAUCUUCUACAGUUUAGGUUGAAAAUGGUCCCUUUAGGUGUAUGCAUCUUAGAGCAGUGGGAUCAACUAGAUGUUCCUGAUUUUUUUUUUUUUUUUUUUUUUUUUUUUUUUAAGAUUUAAAUAGUUGCAGUUUAAAAAGCGUUCCUUCAGACUGUGGUCACUACAUACUUAAACAAACAAAAGUGGUAAACGUAUUACCAUAUAUAAUGCAGUAAAUAUAAUGGAACAAAAGUGGUAAACAUAUUACCGUAUAUAAUGCAGUAAAUACAACGGAGCAGUAUUUUCCUGAUAGGUAGCAGGAGGUUGUUUCUUCAGCUGACUUCUCUGAGAGUCUGUGCUUUCACAAACCUUCAAGUGUCUUUAAUACAAGUUUAUCCAGAGAUUUUCUAACUUAUGUAAAAGCCUUAAUAAUAAUUCUUUACAAACUGUUUUGUUUUGCAAGUGCUAGGUAAGAUUUUUAAAGGGAAUUCAAGUAAAUGGCAGUAAUGUUAUCCUAUCAAUAUACCUGCUCUGUUUGUACACACUUUUAAACUUACAUAUUUAUGAGAUUUGUUCACCCUAUAAGCUAUAUACUUUAACUUAGUCAAAUUAAGUUUAACCACAUAAGCUACAAACUGGUAUAGGAAAAUAGGAUGCUAAUUUUAAAAUAUGGAUAUAUUAUAUAGCUAUCAAAUAUACAUUUUGGUAAGGUUUUAGAAUUACGGAAUCAUAAAACAGCCCAGGUUGGAAGGGACCUUUGAAAGAUAAUCAGGUCCAAUGUUUCUUGUGAAAAGGCAGCUUAGAUAGGAUUAUCUAGCAUCCUGUCCAAUUGAACCUUGAAAACUUCCUAUUAUUGGAGGCUUUCAGGAUGUGAUUGGACAGGGUGCUAGAUAAGUGUGUCCCUAUGGAGGUUGUUCCAGUGAUUGAUUGUUCUCACUGUUAAUAAAAAAAUAAAUAAAUAAAAAAUCGUAGAUCAAGAUGAAGUCUUUCCUGGUGCAACUUGUUACCCAUUGCCCCUUGUCUUCUCUACGUGGCUCCUUGUGGAGAGUGAGCCUCCAUCCUGUCUGUAGCCUCUCUUUAAGUACUUUAGGCAUAUUUGCUGUUUAUGUUCUGUUCUGAUUUAUUCUACAGUUGCACACAAAGUCAGUGUUGCUAUUUAUUGAACUUCCUAUCUUUUCAACUUGACAUUUUAAGCCAUGUUUAACAGGGAUCAGACAUAAUUUUACCGACAGUUUUUUCCCUCUUCGGAACAGUUCUACAAAUGGCUAAGUACUGUAAUAGCAGGUAAGUCUGACUGAACCUGCAGCCAUUCAGACUAAGGUGGCGUGAGAAGAAGAGGUUCCUCUCUUUCUCUGUUCUAGCACUCUGCCCUGCCGUUUUGGCAGGUCUGGCAUUUACUGUGUCUUUUGCUAAGCUGACUUACUUCAGAAAUAAAGCAGAUUUAUUUGGUUAGGAAGUUGUCAGUGCACGGAAAUAUUAAGCGACUGCUGGGGCAAAGCACAUGGCCCAGUGAGGAUGGGGGAGAAAAGAAGGGUGAACAGGAUUUUACCCUUCUGGCAACCCUGAGUGUUAGAAAUGACCUCCUACGUCUUGUGGUGUCAGAGGCAUCAGCUUAGGGUUCUGUUCCAGUCUGUUGUAACACUGCACAAUGUGUAAUUUAGAAUUAAUGUCAGGAAGUCCUGACACAAUCUGGAAAAACUGAACCUUAUAAUUAUGUGUUACUGUUAACUUAAAAUUGGGGUGGUGCUGAUGACAUCUAAACGUAAAUGCCUUUUAGUUAAGAAAAUAAUGCAAGCAGGUUAAAAAUGCAUGGUAAACACACUUGAUUGUGCUUGCACUGUUAGUCAGAGAGGCUUUUUUAAUGUUUAUAAAACUUACGUGAGUUUUAGUGCUUCAACAAAAUGUUGAAAACUGUUUAGCGUGAUUAACCAAGUUACACAUUUGGUUAUUCUUUAAGGUCAGUGUUUUAAACUACUUGUAACUUAUAGUAUAAAACUGGAACAUGAUGUAUGCAACAAACCAGGUGUCUUAGAUUAAUCUUAUUUUUGUCUUCUUGAUCAAAAUUUAUUGUAGCACUUGGAAAAAAAAAGAAUUCUAGAGUUUAUAGUGCAAAGAAUUAUGCAUGUUUAGGUAUGGUUGCUGGAAAACAGCAACUUGAAAUUAUCCUUUUGUAAGCAAAUCAGUGGAAUAGAGGAAAAAAGCCUUGAACAUGUAAGAACUUGGAAGAUUCCUUAUUGUAGUAUUUUUGAAAGAUUUCAAAACUUGUAAAUUAAUCUUUUCUAGUGUACCUACAGCCAUGUUACAUAAUAUAGAUAGCCAGUUAAGUAAAACUGUCUUCUAAUACUUGUGUAAAAAACAAAGAUUACGGAAUUUGUAAAUAAUGUAUAAUUUGUGUAAAAAAAAAAAAAAAAAAAAAGUUUGCAAAAAUCUUGUAUUUGAAAUGACAGUAUUUUUAUGUAUAAAUAGCACAGCAACAACUGUGAAUGAUAACAGCUAUUUUUAAACAUGCAUAACAAUGUUCAUACUUCUGUACAAAAAGCAAUAUGAAUGCCUAUUACUGAUUCCAAUGAACUUGGUUUCCAGUAAGCACAACUGGUAAACUUAUUUUUAAAGUAACUGCAGUAAUUUAGAUGUACUUCCGUCUUAUUGCUUUGCUUGAAACAACCUUACCAGACAACUUCUUAGGUGACCCAUGUUUACCAGGUAUUUAAUAGUAAACAGACAGCUAAUUCAGGCACCUUUGUUUUUAUAUUUGACUCUGCACUCCGUGUAUGUAUGUAAUAUUUGCUAAUGAAUAUGUGAUAACUUUGUUUUGACUUAUCUAGGGUGCCUAUUUAUUUUUUUAUAAAUGUCCCCUUCUGGCUAUAGAUUUGUAUAAGAGCCUAGAUGAUUUUUGUAACAGUAAAUACAUUAACAAGUCUUGUAAUUAAUAUAUUUUUCAGUCUUUAGAAUUAUUUUCUUGCAAAGUUCUGCUUGUUCAAACUAUCAGAUUAAAAACUUAAAAUGUC